AUGCCCGUCCCAACCUCCAGUCAUUUCCAGGUCCCACCUCAUCAUAUAAUGAAUCGACAAGUGGCUCAAAGAGCACAUCAAUUUCUUCGCAAGAACCGCAACACCGCCAAAAUUUUCAUAUUUUUCGAGGCCGUCAGAGGUGUGCCGCCUCAUGAAGCCUACAUGAACACGUGCCGAAUGUUUGGCUCCUCCGAUUACAUCACUUAUCAGGAAUUCGAGUUUUGGUUCAUGAGAUUCUCGAGUGGGGAGUUUGCAAUGGCUUGUGAUAGGAGUGAGGAGGACCCUAAACAUCGAACAUUGAUGCAGUUGCCGAUGGAGAUUCUGGAUAAGAUUGCGAAGGAGUUGGAUCUAAUGGAUAGAAUGGUCCUCCAAAAAGUGAAUCGAUUCUUCCGUCACUUCAUUGGCACCUGGAACCCCGGAUUCUCCUACAUCUCCCUUAUAAUCGAUAAGGACUCCUCCACCCUCUGGCUAGACAACUAUCAUAUACAAUACAGAGAUGGCCAAGAUGGAUUCGGAAUGGCAUCUAUGUGUAGAGUGGUGUCGAGUGAAGGGAGACGAGCGAAGAAUGUACAAGACUGUAGUCAUGUGGAGUUGGCGGUUCGGGAUAUGUUACGGAUAGCCGAGCAUCCGAAGACGAAGUUGGAGAAGUUGUUGGUCGACUUUCGAAUUUCAAACCGACAAUUUGUGAACCGAGGUGUUGAAGCACUGUUCCUCUCUAAAAACUUCAAUCAAAUCCAUACGAAAGCAGUCGAAAUUGUGACACAUUCUGAAAUGGGAGAGAUGGCAAUUCUUCCCAAAUUGAAACCUGAGCCACUCAGUGUCAUCACGCUGGAUAUGAAUGGAUGUAUACGUGAUGGACAUACAAAUGGUGAGGAGCAAGUGGCGAGAUUCACGGCAAUUAGCGAGUUGGAUCAAUGCAAACAGGCGGAUUUAAUUGAGUUGAAAACAGAGAGAUUGAAGUCGGAGGAUUUUCCGAUUGAACGAUUUGGGGAUUUCAAGGCGGUCUCGUUGCAUUUCAAGAAUCCGAACAAUCCAUUCCAGAUUUCCGACUUUUUGAGAUGGAGAAGGAUUCUCCUCCUCCCAACAACCAAAUUACCGUGGUUCGAAGUGAAGUCAUCCGGUAAUAUCUCUCGGAAUACGUUCGUCAGAAAACUUGGAAAAAGUGCUAUUGAAGUAGAGGGUCGAGAGGGCGUCCGACAUUGCAAGAUUCCAAAAACCAACGAUUAUCUGGAAGUAGAUUUCAGUCGUUUCGGGUGCAGAAAUGCUCGAAUUGUUAUGACGAAGAAGAGUUAUGAUGAUGUGAGUAAUUAG